AGCAGUUCCUCCCCUGGAAAUUUAAGACACAGGAUAGAAGCUCUGUCACUUCCUAACAUUCAUCUGUAUGGAAGUCAGUGAUAGGAAGCAGAGCUACAGCAGCCUUCUCUAUCAGCUGGGACUGAACCUGACAAGUCUUCCUGAGCCUACCACUGUACAGAGCACUAUGGAUUACACUAUAACUAGUAGAAGACCUUUUUUUUUUGUUUAAACACUGACUUAUUUGCCGAAUCAACAUGAGUAUUGUCCUCAAGCCAAGAUCCCGAUCCACCAGCUCCCUGAAGACAACAGAUGGGCUCUGCUUUGAUGUGGACAAUGGCACCUCAUCGGGACGGAGUCCCCUGGAUCCCAUGACAAGCCCAGGGUCAGGGCUGAUUCUACAGGCAAACUUUGUCCACAGUCAACGAAGGGAAUCGUUCUUGUACAGGUCAGACAGCGACUAUGACCUCUCACCAAAGUCCAUGUCUAGGAACUCCUCCAUUGCUAGUGAUAUACAUGGAGAUGACUUGAUUGUAACACCAUUUGCUCAGGUACUGGCCAGUCUGCGUACUGUAAGGAAUAACUUUGCUGCAAUAACCAACCUGCAAGAUCGAGCGCCCAGCAAACGGUCCACAAUGUGUAACCAACCAUCCAUCAAUAAAGCAAGCAUACCAGAGGAGGCCUAUCAGAAGCUGGCCAGCGAGACCCUGGAGGAGCUGGACUGGUGUCUGGACCAGCUGGAGACCCUACAGACCCGGCACUCUGUCAGUGAAAUGGCCUCCAACAAGUUCAAAAGAAUGCUCAACCGGGAGCUCACCCACCUAUCAGAAAUGAGCCGGUCCGGCAACCAAGUUUCCGAAUAUAUUUCAAACACCUUUUUAGAUAAACAACAUGAAGUGGAGAUGCCAACACUGGCCCAAAAAGAAAAAGAAAAGGAAAAGAAGAAGAGACCUAUGUCUCAGAUUAGUGGUGUGAAGAAACUAAUGCACAGCUCUAGUCUCACAAACUCAAGUAUUCCCAGGUUUGGAGUCAAAAGUGAAAAUGAAGAUUCUCUAGCCAAGGAACUUGAAGAUGUGAACAAAUGGGGCCUUAAUGUUUUUAAAGUAACUGAUUAUUCCGGAAACCGACCUCUCACAGUCGUCAUGCACACAAUAUUUCAGGAACGGGAUCUGUUGAAGACAUUUAAAAUACCGACAGACACUUUAGUAACAUACUUAAUGACUCUAGAAGAUCAUUAUCACGCCGAUGUGGCUUACCAUAAUAACAUACAUGCAGCGGAUGUUGCUCAGUCUACUCAUGUGCUGCUUUCCACGCCAGCUUUGGAGGCUGUUUUCACAGACCUGGAAAUUCUCGCUGCAAUCUUUGCAAGUGCAAUACAUGAUGUUGAUCAUCCUGGCGUCUCCAAUCAAUUUCUUAUCAACACAAACUCAGAAUUAGCCUUGAUGUACAAUGACUCAUCUGUUCUGGAGAACCACCAUUUAGCUGUGGGUUUCAAGCUGCUACAAGAAGAGAACUGUGACAUUUUCCAGAACUUGACCAAAAAGCAGAGACAAUCAUUACGGAAAAUGGUCAUUGACAUAGUGCUUGCAACAGAUAUGUCAAAACAUAUGAAUCUACUGGCUGAUUUGAAAACAAUGGUUGAAACGAAGAAAGUCACAAGUUCGGGGGUUCUCCUUCUCGACAACUAUUCGGACAGAAUACAGGUUCUGCAGAACAUGGUACAUUGUGCAGAUCUCAGCAAUCCAACAAAACCUUUGCAGCUCUACCGACAUUGGACAGACCGGAUAAUGGAGGAAUUCUUCCGGCAGGGAGAUCGAGAGAGGGAGCGAGGAAUGGAAAUCAGCCCUAUGUGUGACAAGCACAAUGCCUCUGUGGAAAAAUCACAGGUCGGGUUCAUAGAUUACAUUGUCCAUCCAUUGUGGGAGACAUGGGCAGAUCUUGUUCACCCCGAUGCCCAAGACAUACUGGACACACUAGAGGACAAUCGAGAAUGGUAUCAAAGCACAAUUCCCCAGAGUCCGUCCCCUGCCCCAGACGAGCAGGAAGAAGGUAGACAAGGCCAAACGGAAAAAUUCCAGUUUGAACUAACACUGGAAGAGGAUGGGGAAUCGGACACAGAAAAGGACAGUGGCAGUCAAGUAGAAGAAGACACCAGCUGUAGUGACUCGAAGACCCUUUGUACACAGGACUCUGAAUCUGCUGAGAUUCCACUAGACGAGCAGGUGGAAGAGGAGGAAGGCCAGACAGAACCUAGUGCAUUAGAAGGAGAGCAUUCCCCCGACACGUAACAGUGUGGAAUACUUUCUCUUAUCUCCCUUUUUGGUUUUCGUUUUUUUUGGUUUCUUUUUAGAAAAUGGUCUCCAA